AUGUUCUCCAAAGCGACAUUCCUGGGCUCUCAGGGAAGCUCUUCGAAUCGGGUGUUGGAGCUCGGCCUCUUUUCUGAGGACCCCGUCCGAGCGCUGUCGGCCACAGGCGAGGUCACGAUACGAGGCUUUGAGGCCCGGGCCGCGCAGCUUGCCAACUCCGGCUGGACGGCGGCGCAUGCGCUGGAAACUUCAAGGGGUGGUGUCUGGGCUCUUCCGGCAGGGCCGACCCCCCUGCUGGCCUUUGCCAAAGCGAAGGAGGUCGAUCUCAUGCUCCAUGCCGUGCAGAUGCAAGGCAAUGUGCUGGGCACAGCGUGGCAGGGGCGAACCUUCUUCUUGCAGCUGUGGAGUCCAGACGUCUCAGCCGCGCGUCCGGCUGCGCACCACGGGGCACCGCCCGUCUUGGCAGCGGCUCCCCUGGCAAAAGCAGGCCUCACGGCCGCACCGGUGCACGCAAGCGCCGCAAAGGCGCGCCUCAUGCACUUUUGGUGGUUCUAG